GUGAUACAUUAUUUUUAAAAAAUUAUUUUUUAGAGUUUUUUAAAAUUAAAAUGAGCAAGCAAAAUAAUUUUGAACAGUUUCUUCAUUUAAACAUCGUCUGUGACAGUUGUGAUAAGGAAAUUCGGGGGCGUCGCUACAAAUGCUUAAUCUGUCCGGACUUUGAUUUGUGCCAAUCUUGUGAACAAAAGAAUGAACAUUUUGAACAUGCAAUGAUGCGUUUGGUUAAGCCGGAUACUUUGAGACCUCAUUAUCUCUGUAAAACUCCACCUACACAAAUUGAAAAAAUGGCUCAAGUUUUCAACAAGGCUUGUUCUAGCUUUGUUUCAGGCUUUCAAUCACCCUCAACAACACCAACUGUCACUACAUCUCGACGUCAGUCAUCUCCUGUUACUAUUAAAUUUGAGGCUGAGGUUAAGGGAUUGACUCAAGAUGAAAAGUGGUUUAUUCUGGAGGCACUAGAUAAUCUUUUGCCACAACAACACGAUGAAAUCUCAAAAAUUCUCGCUGCGGCAAAGGAAAAGGAUGACACAACUCCAACCAAACUUGAUUUGGAUGCUUUAAAGCCUGCUGUUUUGCGUGAAAUUCUUGCCUACAUUCAACGUUGUCUGCCUUAUCCAAAAGGAGCUCGUCGUUUUGGCUCUGUCAAGCCUUCUGUUUGUCAUCGCCAUUCUCUGAGCAAAUAUUCGGCUAAUCAUCGUCAUUCGUCUCAAAAUCCAAGUUUGGCUACUAUGGGUGAGGCAACUUCUGACUAUCGUCCAAAUCAUCACAACCACUCUUGUCCUCGACGUGCUUCCAUUCAAGUUGCUGUGGAAGCUUCUCAAAAAUUUGCAGCAAAGACAGCAUCUUUAAAAACUUCUGCAUCAACUCUAAGAGCUCAAGUAAUUGAGAAUUUAAAUAAGGAUCUUGAUGAGACUUAUCAAAAGCAAAAAAGAAUCACUGAAGAAUUUAAAAAAAGUAUUGCUAAGCGAAUUGCUAAAGAGCCAAAUACUUUGCCGACUCAGAAUUCUGUUGCUUCUCAAAACGAAAGUAAUGUUAAACAACCUGAAAAUAAUAAGGAAAAUGAACAAAAUAAGGAAGUUGUUAAUAAUAAUAAAGAGCAGCAACCACAGUCGGCUGAUGAGCGUGCUGAGUUUUUGAAGCAAAUUGGUGAAACUGUUAAACAGGCUCUUCUUAAUUUUGGAAUUGAGUGUGAGGCAUCUGUUCAGGAUAGUCCGCGUAAUAUUCGCGCACAUUUAACUUUUCCAAUACAACCAACUGCUCCUGUCAAAAAUAAUGUUCAGAAUAUUUUGAAUCCAGAAAUUCAUCAAACACCUGCUGGGGUUGUGGAGCGUCAACAUUUAGCCUUAGCUGCUAAGGAAAAACUUGAGCAGUUAGAGAGGCAAAAACGUGUAGUUAAGGCUUUUCGUUAUUUGACGGGGGCUAGUCAUGCUACUGCCACUAAUUAUGCUGCUGGAAAAACUGUUCAGGAGACUGCAAAGGACAGCGAAGAAAUUUUGGAAAUUCAUUGUUCUCAACCAAGUAGUGAUGAUGUUAUGAAGCUCAGCACUCAUACAGCUAUUGGGAUUGACGAAGAAAACAACUCUUCUUCUAAUAAUGAGGAUAUUAUGAAGAGCAGUGUUCAUACAGCUAUUGGGAUUGAUGAGGAAAUUUCUCCUAAAGAUGAUGUUAUGCAGCUUAGCACUCAUACAGCCAUUGGGAUUGAUGAAAAUGAUAAAGAAAUUAAUUCUGAGACAUUAAAAGGAAUAGAAGAUUUAAAGGUUGUAGUUAAGCCAACUCUUCCAGAAAAUAAUGGUCAAAAUGUUUUGAGUCGACAAGAGGAGUUGCUUUCUCCAAUGAGUGUUGUUGAGCCUUCUCUACCACCAAGUCUUGGAACAAGCAAUGGAAGUUUAAAACGUCGAAUGGAUGUUAUGAAGGCCAGUACACAUACUGCAAUAGCUAUUGGAGAUGAAUAUGGUGGCAAAGUCGAUGAUUGUAAUGAAUCUGAUAUGGUUAAUAAUUUGUCUCGUUGUUGCUCAUUUUCUUCUCUUCAUUCUUCCACUUCUGGUUCAAGCUGGAUUGAGGUUGAGGAAGUAGAAGAGCAGACAUCUUCCAAGAAGCUUUCUGAUAAUUUAUGGGCACCAAAAUCUUUUUAUGAAAUUGUUUCGGGAAAUGAAGUAAGUCCAGACACAACAUUCACUGCUGAACAAUUUCAUAGCUGUAACAAUAGUACUGUUGGUGAUCCUGUUGAUUCUACUAAAGAGACUAUGUAAAUGAAUCUUUUUUGUUCAUAAGAAUGAGGGAAAGAAGGAACUGUUUAUAUUGAAGGAAAAGGGUUUUUUAAAUAUUUAAAUCAAUUUUUACUUUAAUCUUUUUUUUUUUAAUUUUUUAUUUCUUUAAAAUUUAAAAGGGAGUGUUGAAUUAAAUUUUAUUAAAAUUGGGAGUGUCAGAAAAUUUUAUAUUUUUUGGGGGUUUCUAAAUUUCAACACCUCCCUUUUCUUGUGUAUACUUUUCUUUUACUUAAAAUUGAUUUUAAAAAUUAUUUGAUUUUUUGAUUAUGAAUAAAUUUGCCUUUUUUAUUUUUAUCUGAUUUUAUCUUGUUUGUUUCAACAGAUGUGCUUGUUGACUGCACAGUUAUUUCCUCUAUUUUUUUUAUUCGACUGUUCUUUUACCCAUUGUCUUUUUUAGCCGUUGGCCUUCCGUGACUUUUUGAGCAACUUGACCUUUUGGCUGUUAGACGUUUUGUCCCAAUUUUGUCUGAUCGAUCUUUUAAGUCUCCGACAUUUUUUCUAAUUUUUCCUUUUCGGCCUUUUAAUCAGUGUCUCCAGUUUGUGU